AUGGUCGGGCAGAGAAUAGCAAACUCUUUACUGAAGAGAUCCGCCUUUUCCUCGGCGUUGAACGUGCUGCCCAACGAUGCGACGGCGACCACGGCCACGGCCGCCCUCCUGGAGCCCACUAUCCAGCAGCACCAGCAGCAGCAGCAGCAGCAGCUGGUGAACGAGCAGUUUUCCCAUGCCAGACCGUACAGCGAUGUGCCGGGUCCGAAGGGGUUGCCGAUGAUUGGAAACUCCUGGCGCUUCGCUCCGAUAAUCGGUCAGUACAAAAUCGAAGACCUGGACAAAGUGAUGCAGGACCUCCACCGCCAAUACGGUCGCAUUGCGAAGGUAAACGGACUGAUCGGACAUCCGGACCUGCUGUUCGUGUUCGACGCCGAUCUCAUACGGGAUACGUUCAAGAAGGAGGAAGUGCUGCCGCACCGGCCAGCGAUGCCCUCGCUGCGCAACUACAAGUCGAAGCUGCGGAAAGAUUUCUUCGGCGACAACAUGGGCCUGAUCGGGGUGCACGGCGAAAAAUGGGACGCCUUCCGUGCGCAGGUCCAACAGGUGAUGCUGCAGCCAUCGACGGCGAAGAAGUAUAUCGCACCGUUGGAUGAAAUCUCCAGCGACUUCAUGGACAGAAUUCAAGAGAUGCGCGACGAAAAUAACGAACUUCCUGGAGAUUUUCUGCACGAACUAUACAAGUGGGCGCUAGAGUCGAUCGGUCGGGUGGCACUCGACACACGUCUCGGCUGUGUGUCGAAGGAUGGCAACGACGAAUCGAAGCGCAUCAUCAACUCCAUCAACACCUUCUUCUGGACCGUGGCCGAGGUCGAGCUGCGGAUGCCAAUCUGGCGCAUCUAUGAAACGACCGCGUACAAAAACUACAUCGCCGCCCUGGACACAUUCCGAGAACUGUGCAUGCGUCACAUCAACAUUGCCGUGGAGAAAAUGUACAACAGCACCGAGCCGAAAAGCGAGGAGUGCAUCUCGCUGGUCGAGCGAAUCCUUCAGAAGACGAACAAUCCAAAGAUUGCCGCUGUUCUGGCACUCGAUUUGAUUAUGGUUGGCGUUGAUACGACGUCCGUUGCAGCGACCUCAACGAUUUACCAGCUCAGUCAGAAUCCGGACAAGCAGGAGAUUCUGUUCAACGAAAUCAAGCGCAGUAUGCCCUCGCCGGACACGAAGUUUACGAUAUCGAUGCUCGAAACGAUGCCGUACCUGCGAGCCUGCAUCAAGGAAACGUUACGCAUGUACCCGGUGGUGAUUGGAAAUGGCCGCAGCCUACAGACGGAUGCAGUCAUCGGUGGAUAUCACAUCCCUAAAGGGACGCACGUCAUUUUCCCCCAUUUGGUCGUAUCGAACCUGGAACGGUAUUUCCCCGAGCCGGACCGGUUCAUCCCGGAGCGGUGGCUGAAGCGAGGCGAGCUGAAGGAACAUUCCGGCUGUCCACACGCUGGCCAAAAGAUUCAUCCAUACGUGAGCCUCCCGUUCGGGUACGGACGACGGACGUGCAUUGGCCGCCGAUUUGCCGAGUGUGAACUGCAGAUACUGCUCUCGAAGUUCUUCCGGCGGUACCAGGUGGAGUAUAACUACGAGAAGCUAACCUACAAAGUAAACCCAACGUACAUUCCGGAUAAACCGCUCAAAUUUAAGCUCACCGAAAGGAGCAAUUAGACGAUAAUUGCCAGUGUACCAGCAGUCGACGACGGUAAAAUUAACUGAAGGUUUUUAGAUGAUCUAUGCUUAAUGUAAA